UUCCUAGCCCACUGAGCAACCGGAAGUUGAAAGGUUCUAACGUUCAUGUGCGCAGAUGUUGACAACAAAAAGUGUCUUAGGAAAAAAAUAAUAACAAGGAGUCACAGGGGAGAUAUACGAACCUCAAAAUAAAACAUGUCCGACAACGAAGACAACUUCGAUGAUGGAGAUUUUGAUGAUGCUGAGGAGGAUGAGGGAUUAGAUGAUCUUGAAAACGUGGAGGAUGAUGACCAAGAGAAUGUGCAGAUCCUACCGGCAGGAGAGGGCCAGCAGGCAAACCAGAAGAGGAUCACAACACCAUACAUGACCAAAUACGAGAGAGCCAGAGUACUGGGGACACGGGCUCUGCAGAUAGCGAUGUGUGCUCCAGUCAUGGUGGAGCUGGAGGGAGAAACAGACCCCUUACAAAUAGCCAUGAAAGAGCUUAAGAGCAGAAAGAUCCCCAUCAUCAUCCGCAGGUACCUUCCUGAUGGUAGUUAUGAGGACUGGGGUUGUGAUGAGCUCAUCAUAAGUGAUUAAACAACUUAUCCAGUAUGCACUGACAAAACAGUACAUGCGGUUUUACACCCUCGGACCAGGUCAGUCGGCUGCACAAACCCAGAGGAUUCUGUAGACUGAUGUCGUCCUGUUGCUGUUCAUACGUCCAUUUGAUCCCCAAAAUUAUCACAUGACUCUCUACAUGAAAUGUAUCAAUUAGCUCAAAGAACUGUGGAAAUCAGGUCGGUGUGUUAUUUGAAGGUUGAUACUCCUAUAGUCUGACUGGUGCUACUUUUAACGCAACUUAAGCAAAAUUCUGAGUUUGUACCUACUUUACUUCCCGUUUUAAGAGCUGCAUUAAAAAGAACGACCACAAGGGGGAGAUAUAACUUAAACAUUUACAUUGUUUUACUAAAUGAUCUGACGUAGUUAUUCCAUUUGUUAUUUUGAAGGAGUGAGGUGAUCUGUGUAAAAUAUCGUUUUUAUAGUUUAGAAUAAACCCUUUUGUAUAAAUAACCACGUCUCAUUCAUAUCACAUACACUGACUCUCACACACUGUGUAAUGAGUUAGAAGUUCUGCUCUGGGUUAAUAUUUUGUUGCAGGGAUUUUACAGUAUAAUCAUGUUAAAGGCCAGAUACACCUGAACAAAUGGGAAGACCAGUUAAGCUGAAGUAAGUGCAAGAGUGUUGUUUAUUUGGCUUGAACCUACAUCAUAUUACACUGCUAAAUCAUAUUUCAGGCUUAGGAGUAAUUAAGCAAUUCAUCCAAAUGUCCACCGCUAAGUGAGCUUUCCAGCAUUUUGCAAAGUGUUUGUUAUUUCUUUACUGUUUGAUCACUAGUGCGAAUGCCAGAUCAAUUCUGCAUCGGAUGGAGAAGUGCUGUCGCUCUCAUGAUGCUCCCACCCCCAAACACAGAUACACGAAGGAACCAAACAGUCGGUGUAUUGUUUAGGGGAAAUGGGUUGUUGCCCAGGCAGAGUGAGGGACAGUGCAUGGUUGAAGUAAAAGGGGGCUGAAGGUUUGCGAGACAGAGAGGAUUAACAGCUUUGUUGUAGAAGAGAAUGUAUGAUGAUACUCCAGCCUCUGGUGGCUUAUUUGUUCAGUGUGUGUGUGU